AUGUCCGCCCAGAAGAUUGACCUCACAAAGUUGAACCCUGAACAAUUAACCAUGGUCAAACAACAAUUUGAUCAGGAAUUACAACACUUUUCACAGUCGCUACAAGCUCUAAACGUUGCCAGAAACAAGUUCAGAGAGUGCAAGGAGGACAUAGAAUCCGUCUCUAAACUGGAGGAUCAAAAGCAAGAAAUUCUGGUGCCCUUGUCAGCUUCACUUUACGUGAAGGGCCGUGUCAAAGAUGCGCAAAAGUUCACGGUCGACGUGGGUACAGGCUACUAUGUUGAAAAGAGUGCCAAAGAUGCUAUCGAGUUCUAUGACAAGAAGAUCGCCAAGUUGAAUCAGGAAUCUGUACAGAUCCAGAAUAUCAUCAAAGAAAAAAGUCAGUCUGCGUUGGCAAUUGAGGGCCACAUCCGUCAAGCGGCUAUCAAGCUUCACGAACAAAAUGCACAAGCGCAAGCUGGCAAGCCCACGUCUGCCUGA